ACAAGCGUAAUCUGUGUGCUAGCAUGUGGAGGGAGAACCAGUUAGAGAAGUAGCUCGUUUCUAUUGUACACGUUCAAAGCAGUCAGUUUGCUGAACACCUCAUUCGUUUGCUGAGUAAACUGAGAGUAAACAGUCAGCAGAGCAGCAGUAUGUCGGCCGACGGCGUGUUUAGGACCCGCUCUCUCGGUGUGGCCGCCGAGGGUCUUCCUGACCAGUAUGCCGACGGCAAAGCAGCCAAAGUGUGGGAGCUGUACAUCGGAGACACGCAGAGUAGGACGCAGGAAUACAAAACCUGGGUGGUGUCUUUGCUGAAAGAGCAAGGUGUGCGGAGAGUGCUGGAUGUAGCCUGCGGAACAGGAGUCGACUCCAUUAUGUUGGUGGAAGAGGGCUUUGAUAUGACGAGCGUGGAUGCCAGCGACAAAAUGCUCAAGUAUGCGCUGAAGUCAAGGUGGGAGAGAAGAAAAGAACCAGCGUUUGACCAGUGGGUAAUUGAAGAGGCCAACUGGUUGACGUUACAAGAGGAUGUUCAGAAACCAGGGGCUGGCUUUGAUGCAGUUAUAUGCCUCGGCAACUCAUUUGCCCACUUGCCAGAUUUUAAAGGGGACCAGAGUGACCAAAAGCUGGCCCUUCAGAACAUUGCCAGUAUGGUCAGACCAGGUGGGAUCCUCAUCAUUGACCAUCGUAACUACGACUACAUCCUGGAGACCGGCCGGGCGCCACAAGGCAAAAAUAUCUAUUAUAAGAGUGAUCUAACUCAGGACAUUUCCACCUCAGUACUGUGGGUCAACAAUAAGCCCCAUAUGAUCACUCUGGACUACACCAUCACCGUACCCAAGGCCACCGCCCCUGAAGUCAGUAAAUUUCGUCUGUCCUACUACCCUCACCGUCUUGAGAGCUUCAAAGGUUUACUGAACGAGGCCUUCAGCGGCAAAAUGGAGCACAGCGUCUACGGAGAUUUCAAGACUUACGUUCCAGGCCAGGCCCCCUGCUACUUCAUCCAUGUCUGUAAGAAGACAGCCUGAGAGCCAUCACUACCAGCUUACCACGCACAAAUUGUGAAGACAGUAUUGGCCCUCUGUCCUCUUUAAGUCCCAAUAUGCUCCUAUUGUCCUCCAGAUUUGGGCAAAAUUUUAUUUCAGUAUGUUUUAAAAAAAAUAUUUCAUUUUAGGUUAAUGCAUAAAUAAAUAAAAUAAAAUUAUAAAAAUGGAGCAUAUUGGCACUAAAAUGCUCCUGAUAGUUUGUGUACACUGAUCAUAGAGGAGCAUGUACAGGCGGGGCAGUGCCAGUCGCUGGCGUUAUUGUGAUUAUGCAGGAAAAUAUUAUCCCUGAUUUUCUUUUCUAUGGUCUAGAAAGUUGUAAGUCCUUCACUUUGCUUCAUUCAUUUUCUUUUCUCUGAUCAUUGUAAAUGAAAUGUUAAAGCAGCUGAACUUUGCCUUUACCAGGAACAGUUGGUUGUUUCUGAUCUUUUUUUGCUUUAAAACACAGCAUGUUCCUUAAACUCUCAAAUAGAAACAGUAACCUAAAAAGGUCUACCUUAGUUAGAAAAACAUAUUCAGAAUAUAUCGGACCACUGUUUUGCCCAUAUCUGGUAUUUUCCCAUCAUGCCAGCGUGCUGCUUUUGUGUUUUCCACAUUUCCUCCCUGUUUCCCGCCUUUCUUAACUUUGACGUCCACAACGAACAUGUUUCAAAAUGGUGCUGUGCAUUAAUGAUACUCCACAUGAUGGAACACUUGAUAUUAAUCACCAGUAAUGUACAAAGAGCUAAGCUAUAAUCUUAGAUAAUUGUAUUUGUUAGCUUAUCUCAAGUGUCUUAAAAACACAGAUCUGUGUUUUGUGAAUACAGUAGCUGUUCUUUUGUUUGUAUUUAUCAGCUGGAAAAGGAAAAAAAAAAUUCUGGGUUGCUGCCUUCUUUAAGUUUAGGCACAUCCCCCCCAAGUUCAACUGAAUGUUAAGAAGUAAUCUUGCACAGUCAUGGACAUCACUUAACUAAGACCACAGAACAGUUAGUGAAGAUUGGGAAUCACCCUGACAUCUUUAAAAGGCCUGGUUAACCUGUGUGGAGCGUCACACAGAACUUAACAGUACCAGUACCUGAAUGUCAGUCUAAUCAACAGUUGUCCAUCCUGAAGUGUCCUUGGCUACCUCAUCAAACCCCCUCUAACUACAGAGCUAAAUGACCUCUGACCUUAAAGCUGAGAAACAAAUCAAGAGAAUUUCCGUUAAAGCCUGCUCUUGAGAGAACGGCUUUUGAUAUAUGACUGGAAUUUGCCUUUUCUUGUAGCAGUUAAGGUUUUGUUGAUCUAGCUUCUUAUAUUUUAUGGUGCAAUUAAGUUUACGUUAUUUGAGCCAAAAAAAAGCCUUUAAAUUUUCUGGUUGCAAAAGGCCAGCAGUGAGAGUCAGCCAUUAUUAGUCCUAUUGAGGAUUCAUCCAAAACUACUAACAUAAUUGUUUUAGAAACAGUUAUAAAGAAAAAAACAGAAUGUUGCAUUAGUGAUAACAUGGAAAACCCAACAGUCUUUAAAAUUGUUAUCAACCAAAGAUAUUUGAAAAGUGAGUUUCUUGUGAGACAAUCUUGAAUGUUAUUCAAUUGUGCUGCGCAGUACAUGUCUCAAAUAGUGGAGUUUACCCCAAAAGUGAGGGGAACAUAAUGAAAGAAUUAUUCCUUUUGCAGUAUUAUCCAGGUUCAGAUACAUUUUGCUGUGAUACCAAAUUAAAAAUGUGUUUCACUGCAGUGAAAAAGAGGCUGUACCAGAGCGAAAUCAAACAUGAUCACUACCC